AUGCCGUCAGCACGGCCCGAAGCCCCUCGUUCCCAUCGCAAGGGUCAAUACUCGUGCGAGUUCUGUAGGGCACGGAAGCUCCGCUGUGACCGUCCUUUGCCCUGUACGAACUGUGUAUCGCGGGGGAAAAAAUGCCACUUUGGCCCUUUGCCUGGUCAGAGACCAUCAACAUUGGCUGAUCACCAACUUCCCGGGCAACAUCAGCAGCAACACCAGCAGCAGCAACACGAACAACAGCCUGUUACGGCCCCCUUGGUAUCUCCGUCCCUCCGAAGGCUUGCUGCGGAUUUGGAGAGGCGUGUGGCAUUGAGCACAAGCACGAGCACAGCCCACCAGGAUGAACAUCAUCCGUCACCAUCGCCGCGUACCCACAUCGAUGUGGGUCAGUCGGGAUCGCCAUCCUCAUCCGAGUCGCCCCGUCUAGACCAAGUCAAGGAUGUGGUGGCCCACCUUGAGCGGGUCUCCAUGGUUCAAAGCUCUCGGGAACCACCAAUUUACGUUGAUGAUCUCGUGUUCCAGUUCGAACGCAUUCGGGAUAUCCCAGGUGCUCCGAGCUUCACAGUGCGGAAUGGUAAACCGGCGCGUUGUGUAUGGCUGCCAUUCCACAACGAGACUAGGUUCAUUCUAGAUAAGUUCAUUACCAACGUUAGCUACAUCCAUCAUGUAGUCCACCACCCCUCGCUCCCCGCCACUAUCGAUGACCUUUACCGGAAGAUCGAAAAUCAGGAACCAAUUGAACCAGGACAUCUCGUUCUACUACUUGGCAUUAUCGCGAAUACUGUUGAGGUUUGGUCAUGGCACGAUGAAGUUGAAGGGGAUGGUUCUAUAUUCCAAUCUGCAAUUGAGGCGAAUGCCCAAACUCCCCUAUGGAUCAAGUCUGCAAUGGAUGUAAUCAAGAGUGGCGAGAAUGGACCACCUCUUGCGUUGGAAACGAUUCAGGGGAUCAUAAUACUGGCAUUUGCAGUGAGUAAUACGGAGGGAGUUUCUCUUCGCUAUCGGUCGUUGAUAUCUACCGGUUUGUUAUUGAGUCGUGAGCUCGGACUACAUCGCAUAGACCACGAAUCGAAUGCGGCUACUGCAAACACAAUUCGAGCUGAGGAGGGUCGACGUGUUUGGUGGUAUCUCGUUGCCACUGACUGGUGA